AUGGCAAUCGUAGAAACCCUCAUCUAUACAGUGGGUUCUAUUGCCGGGGCCGGACUUUGGAAAUAUGGCGUACUUGCUGUAAUGCCCAUCCUCUGGUUCUGGCUCAACCUUCGGUACGGCCUCGGAGACUUCGAUAUCCCCACAAUUGGCGUCCCACCAGGGCUCCUAGGCCCCUGGAUAGCACCCUACAACUGGAUGAAGAACUCCCCGCACCUGAUCCGCGAGGGCAUGGCCAAAUACGGAGUCCGAGGCUUACCCUUCAAGAUCCGCUCUCCCAGUCGCUGGAUGGUCUUUGUGAACAAGCCCACUAUUAUCGACGAACUUAUAUGGCUUCCCAAAAAUGUUGCUUCGUCCAGCGCGGCACUGGAUGAUCUCUUCUUCACACAGUUCACCAUGUUCAAGGACGCCGCGUCGGACCCGCCAUUCGCGGAGAUUGUGUUGAAGCAGCUGUCCGCGAGGUGCUGGGAGUUUAUGCCUGUGGCUGUGGAGGAGGUCAAGAUGGCGUGGGAUGAGAAGACGAAGAUUGGUGAAGAGUGGACUGACGUGCCCGUGUGGGAGGUUUUCAUACAGCUUGCUGCUAGAGGGAUCAGUCGGUCUAUCAUUGGAGCGCCGCUUGAGCUAUUGGAGAUCAUUCCGGCAACGCUGAGGCCUUUCGUCAAUAAGUUUAUAUUCCGGAAUAAGCCCUUGGACAUGUGCAUGUCCUAUUUCGGCCCCAUCUUCCAGGAGCGCCAAAAUCUCAUGAAGGAUGGGAAAUACAGAAGGGAUGUUAAGCCCGAUGACGGAUUCCAGUGGGUUAUUGAUACAUGUCCUCCAGACACCUCCAUCGGGAUAAUGUUGAAGAAGCUCCUCUUUAUCUUCACUGCGGGAACCUACACCAUCGCCGUCGCAGGCACGCACUGCGUCCACGACUUCGCCGCAAUGCCUCACUUCCAAGGCCCAGUCCGGGAAGAGAUCGCACAGGAGCUUGGCACUGCUUCUACAGUGAAAGAGACCAAAGAGGCCUGGGUGCGAAUGCGCAGGCUAGAUAGUGUCCUCCGUGAGAGCGCAAGGAUGAACGGAACGCAUCUGGGCACAGUUAUGCGGAAGUUCAUGAUUCCAUAUACAUUUUCUGACGGGAUGGAAAUACCGAAAGGUGCCUGGGUUGUGGGUGCGUCGUCGACGAUACAUCGGACGAGCGUUUAUGAGGACCCGGAUACGUUUGAUGGGUUCAGGUUUUCGAAGAUGAGGGAGGAGGCUGGGAUGGGUGAUAGGUUCAGUUGA